AUGCGCUCCUUCCUCCUCUCUUCUCUUAUCCUCUCUCUCUCUCUCUCUCUUCCUCCCUCUCUCCUUUCCUCUUCAAUCCCAUCCCAUCCCAUCUCAUCUGAUCGCCAAUUCGACUCGGCUGCUGCCCCACACUACUGCUGCUGCGACUUCGUCUACGACUACUACUACAACUGCUGCAAUAAUUCUGUCUUUCGUGCCGCCUCACCGCCUUCUGAACCGAGCAUGGCGCCUGUGCGGCGUCUUGUUCGCGGCCGGCGCCACCGUGGGCAGGACGACAGCAGCGACCAAAGUGCCAAUAAUAGCCCUCGCAAUAAUCCUACCGUCCCUCAUAUUGACGCCAAUAAUAAUAAUACCACAAACCCGACUGCCGCUGCUAUUAUUGCAAAGGGGCCCAAGACCCAGCAGCCUGCACCACCACCGCUGUCGCCACCCUUGUACCACCACAACCAGCACAGCGAGUCUUCGGAGGAAAGCCAGGACAGCGACCACUGGCAGCCCGACACCCCCAAUCAUCACAGUCGCCGCCAGUCGCGACCCAGCGCCAGGUAA